UCCACCCUAAAUUCAGUGCAAUGAGAUUCCUGAAAAGGCAAACACGUCGAUUUCGCUCCUUCUGGCGGCAGCUCCUUCCCCGGCGAUUCCAUCGAUGGAAACUCCAUACUCAAUUGGUUUUGAUUUGUGUUUCCUUCACUGUGUUUUUAAAUAUUUUAUACGGAGUCUAUCUCGGUCGCUUUUCAAUGAGACGUAAAAAGUUUAUAUUUUCCAAAGGAGUUACUAUUUAUGCUAUUAUUAUGGCGUCUAUAUUCGGGUUUUGCUAUAUCUGGAGUAUUUAUAAGGAAGUUUCAACAGGUCAGAUCAGCCUACGUCACACUAUUGAAGUGUAUUGCUAUAUGAAUGUACUCGUUUGUCUAUUUAACUACGUGACACAAUGGGAGAAAACAUUACAAAUAGUACGAUUCCAGAAUAGUGUUCCACUUUUUAAGGUCCUUGAUUCACUCGACAUAUCGGUAAUGUUCGUGUGGCGUGCUUUUAUCUACAGUAUUCUAAAGAUCCUUGUUUGUCCACUGGUUGGGUACAUAACAUUGACUCUAUAUCAACGUCGUGCUAAGCCGGACAUUCCGUGGUCGAGUUUUGCCACUGCAAAAACUAUGAUGCCACUGGUUGUAUCAAAUCAGAUCAAUAACUGUUUCUUCGGAGGACUGGUAAUUGCUAAUUUAAUACUGGCGGCUGUUAAUAGAAACUUACAAGGCAUAGUUAAGGAGGCAAAUAUGUUGCAGUCACCUGUCCAGAUGAAUCUAAAUAAACCCUAUUACCGGAUGCGUCGCUUCUGUGAACUAGCUGAUGUUCUGGAUGAAUUGGCUGAGAAACAUUGGUUAGCUGUGGUCUGCUCAAAGGAUUAUCUUCCUUUCACGGACUGGUCCAUGGUCCUCUCGAUGCUCAUGAACCUUACGGGCAUCACAAUGGGAUUCUACAACCAGUAUUUGGCUAUCGCGGACUACUAUAUCAAUGAGGAACCCUUUGAUCUUUACUUGGCCAUAGUUUUGUUGGUAUUUUUGGCUGUUCCCUUUAUGGAACUUGUUAUGGUGGCUCGUAUUAGUAAUCAAACCUUACAGGAGACCAAAAGAACUGGUGACCUUUUGCAGGAAUUCAAUCUCCAGCACGCAGAUGCCCGCUUCAAGCAAGUUGUGAAUGCUUUUUGGUUACAGGUGACCACCAUCGACUAUAAACUAGUGCCAUUGGGGCUCUUGGAACUCAAUACCUCGUUGGUCAAUACGGUUUUCUCGUCAGUUAUUGGCUUUCUGUUGAUUCUUAUUCAAAGUGACUUAACUCUGAGGUUUUCUCUUAAAUAAAAUGUCAAUAAGCUUUAUAAAACUUAAAAUUUCGUCAAGAAAUAA